AGUCGCACGUUCAUUGUGACUCGUCAACAUUUUUAUUUAAAUAACGUUAUUCAAUUAUUAUUUUUUUAUUAAUAGUGCCAGUGACAAACGAGCUGAAAAGACUUUUUUAAUCCAUAACGGAUUUCAACUGGCUGGUUCAAUAUACAGGAUGGCUAAAAUCCUACUGGGCUUGUUUGUCAUCGUUGUGACGUACAUAUGUUGGUCAGCAUUAAGCAGCGGGUCUUCACAACCUCCCAAACUAGAUCCUGAAGAAUGGUGGGGACCAAAGGAACUUAAGGGAAAGCAAGAUACAAGUAUAAGGCCGUUCCAAGUUAAAUUUACCGAUGAGAUGAUAAAAGAUUUAAGAAGUCGUUUGAAAAAUCAUAGACAACUCGUACCACCUUUAGAAGGAGUUGCAUUCGAAUACGGAUUUAAUAGCAAAGCUAUAGAACCAUGGUUAAAAUACUGGGCUGAGGAGUAUCCGUUCAAAGAAAGGGAGGCAUUUUUGAAUAAAUAUCCUCAUUUCAAAACGAAUAUUCAAGGUCUGGAUAUACAUUUCGUACGAGUAAAACCACAGGUACCAGCAGGAGUGGAAAUCGUGCCUUUAUUGUUAUUACACGGCUGGCCAGGUUCCGUGCGAGAGUUUUACGAAGCUAUACCUAUCUUGACGAAACAACAGCCAGGUUAUAACUUUGCCUUUGAACUUGUGGUGCCGAGUUUACCUGGUUAUGGGUUCUCAGAUGCACCAGUACGUCCUGGCGUGGCUCCAGGACAAAUAGCGGUCAUCUUCAAAAACCUGAUGAGCAGACUUGGCUUCAAGAAGUUCUACAUCCAAGGUGGUGACUGGGGAUCAGCAGUCGCAUCUGCACUAACUGUCUUAUACCCUGAAGAUAUACUAGGACAUCAUAAUAACUUCGCGAUGGCAAGGAACAAACAGGCAGCAUUCAAAACAAUCUUGGGCGCUUUCAUCCCAUCUCUGGUGGUGGAGAGUCAUCUAGCAAGUCGUUUGUAUCCUCUGUCUUCUAUGUUCGCGUAUCUUCUAGAAGAAACUGGAUACGCACAUAUACAGGCAACUAAGCCUGAUACAGUUGGCGUCAGUCUCACAGACUCUCCGUCGGGUCUUUUAGCUUAUAUUUUAGAGAAAUUCUCAACGUGGACGAAUUUAGAGAACAAAUUAAAGCCAGACGGUGGUUUAGAGUUGAGGUUCACGAAGGAGCAACUUAUUGACAAUCUUAUGAUAUAUUGGACGACUAAUUGUAUCACAACAUCAAUGAGAUUGUAUGCAGAAGAAACGAGCAACAAGAACAGACAACUGAGCUUAGAUUCGCAUACUACGACAGUACCAACCUGGGCCUUCCAGACGAAGAGCGAAAUGAUAUACCAACCUCCAAGUAUAUUGAAGACGAAGUAUCUUAACUUUUUAGGUGCAACAGUAUUAGAAGAUGGCGGCCAUUUCCUUGCUUUAGAAUUACCUCAGAUCUAUGCUAAUGAUGUUUUCAAAGCUGUAAAUAUAUUUAAGAAUUGGCAUAAGGAAAUUAAAAAUACAGAAUUGUAAUUGUUUAAGAAAUAU